AGCCCGCCGAGGGCGCGAAGUUUAUCGACCCCGCGAUGGCCCUUCCAAGGGGGAGGCGGCGACGCCACCUCGGCUGCCAUUGGCGGCCCGGGCGAGCCUCCCCUGGUCCUCCACCCCCGUGGCCGCUCUCCGGCGGCGGCUCAUUUCGGGGGAGCAACAACGGCAUGGCUUCGCGUGGAGGGCGGCUUCUCCUCGGCCGCCUGGCCCGGCUCGUGGCAGGCAACCGACCCCGCCCGGCGAGGCUGCUCUCAAGGCAAGAGGUAUGUUGGCAACAGGAACUGAAAAAUUCUUUCUGCUUGCGAUCAAAAAUGCCUCCCUGUGAGUUUGUACCUGACAAAUAUGAGUCCUAUUCGUAUGAAAAAAUGCUGAAGAUCCGCAAACAGAAUGUGUCCCCAUCUUUGUACACUGUUUAUAAGAAGCCACUGCUCAUCCACCAAGGGCACAUGCAGUGGUUAUUUGACUUUGAGGGGCGUCGGUACCUUGAUCUCUUUGCUGGAAUCGCGACUGUCGGUGUCGGCCACUGCCAUCCGAAGGUAACUGCAGCUGCCCAGAAACAGCUUGGCCGCUUGUGGCACACAAGCAAUAUCUAUAUACACCCACCAAUCCAGGAGUAUGCAGAGAAGCUGACCUCGCUGCUUCCGGACCCCUUAAAGGUGGUUUACCUAACCAACAGCGGUUCAGAAGCCAACGAUCUGGCAAUGCUAAUGGCAAGAGUUUUUACACGCAACGUUGAUAUUAUUUCUUUGAGAGGAUGCUAUCAUGGGGGCAGUCUUUACACAAUGGGGUCAUCAUCCAUAGGACAUUACAAGCACGUUGUCAGCAGUGGAUUCGGCGGUCAAACUACAAUGUCUCCUGAUGUUUUUCGUGGACCCUGGGGAGGAAGCCAUUGCCGAGAUUCUCCAGUGCAAACAAUUCGAAAAUGCACCUGUUCUCCAGGUUCUUGUCAUGCAAAGGACCAGUACAUUGAGCAGCUCAAAGACACAUUCAUAACGUGUAUUCCAAAAGAAAUAGCUGGAUUUAUUGCUGAGCCAAUUCAGGGUGUCAGUGGAGCAGUUCAGUAUCCCAAGGGAUUCCUUAAAGAAGCCUAUCAGCUGGUGCGUGAGAAAGGAGGAGUGUGUAUUUCAGAUGAAGUUCAGACAGGGUUUGGUCGAACAGGCAGCCAUUUCUGGGGAUUCCAAGGACAUGAUGUGAUUCCUGACAUUGUGACCAUGGCAAAAGCCAUCGGUAACGGCUUCCCAAUGGCAGCAGUUGUCACUAGACCAGAGAUUGCAAAUGCCUUAACGCAAAACCUGCACUUCAACACAUUUGGAGGAAACCCUGUGGCCUGUGUAGUUGGAUCUGCUGUUCUUGAUGCAAUAGCAGAAGAUGGAUUGCAGAAGAACAGUGACGAAGUGGGGACUUACAUGCUGCUAGAGUUUGCUAAGCUGCGAGAUCAGUUUGAAAUUGUUGGAGAUGUCCGUGGCAAAGGGCUUCUGAUCGGGAUCGAGAUGGUCACAGAUAAGGAAACUCGGAAGCCACUCCCUCAUGAAGAAGUGGCUGAGAUCAUGGAAGACUGCAAAGAUAUGGGAGUGAUAGUUGGGCGUGGAGGAUUGUAUUUCCAGACAUUUAGAAUUAAACCUCCGAUGUGCAUCACUAAGGAAGACGUAGACUUUGCAGUGGCAGUCUUUCACACAGCUUUAACAAGGCAUAUGGAAAGGAGAACAGCUGCAAAUUAGCAUCCCCUGUGUCUGGUGCUUGAACUAUACAUGAUAUAUUAGCUCAUCUCACACAAGAGGAUGUAAUAAAACUACAUCUGGCUAAUUAGCAGGGUGUUACAGGUCUGCUGUGAGAAACACCAGUAGAACUGCAACUACUGCAAUUAAUAUGACAGAAGUCUCUCUCUAAAGAAGCAGGGAAGAGGAGGGGGAAUUCCAUCUGGCCUAUUUCCAUUUUAGCUUGCCAUCCAGCAAAUGAUAUACUCAGGGGGAAAAGGAAGAUGUAGCUACAACUCACCUUCUGCCAGCAGGUUUCCCAUAAGAAUCUGGUUAACGGCUAUGUGAACACAAUGCUAGAUCAAAAAGAAAGCCUACACUGUGAUCUGUCUUCAUAGGGUUCUGUGUACAUGUUUCUGUCUGGAUGUGGGCCUGUCCUGUGCUGCCUUGUGUAGUUUCUUAACUCAUUACAACAGCUGUACAAAGUAUAUAUUGGCAAUU